ACAGAUACAGCAAUCUUUAGAAGCAGACGACAAUUUUCAAGCAGACGACAUUUUGCAAUGAAGAAAACAACACAAAGCGUUGAACGUCUUCAGGACAUGUUAAAACAUGCAUCCCGAAAGAGGAAGCGGUCUAGCAGUCCUGAUAGCGAGGCUUUACCCCCAGCAAAGCGUCCCCGGUUGAGGGUCAUAACCCCUCCUCCAUUGCCAAGGUCAUUUUUGAGAAAGGUCAAAGCAUGGCAUGAUAGGAAACGAAAAAUUGAAUUUGGUAUCGCCCUUUACUUGGAGGCACAGAGGCAAAAGAUUGCCGACGCAAUUUCUUUACCAGCUGCGCCAUCUAUGUCUCUAUCAGAAGAAGCUUUAUCUGGUAUUAGAGCAGCCGAAGAUUUGAUUGAAGAGAUCUCCAGGGAGAUUGAAGCAUCAGCUCCUAAACGCCGCGGCAUCAUAAAGAGGUUGGCUUCCAACGAUGCUGCAGACGACAGUUUGGAGGUCAAGGUCGUUCCGAUGAAACGUCGUGGAGGAUGGAGAAAGAAUGGGCAGAGGCGAUUCUGAAU